AUGAUACAGGUGAAAAAUAACACUAUCACGUAUUCCAAUGUAAUCGGAACAUCUCCUUCUGGUUAUAUUAUCACAAGGAAAAACAACUUUCAGUUUCACGUUACCUGCAAAAUGAAUCAGGACACAAUGGUAGAAAUAAUGUAUGUUGCCAAAGGUGAUAUUGACAUAAGUGAAACCCAGCAUGGCAGAUAUGACGUGAAUAUUUCAUUUUAUGAAUCAUCAAAUUUCUCAAAUCCAGUUUACAAUUCCCCAUACUAUGUUGACCUAAACCAGGAUUUAUUCCUUCAAGCCACUCUCUACAGUUCCGAUUCAAACCUGGUGAUGUUUACAGACAUGUGCAUGGCAUCUCCAUAUUCUGAUGACUUCACAAACCUGACUUAUGUUUUAAUCAAGAAUGAAUGUAUAAGAGAUUCCACCUACAGCUCAUACUAUUCAUCAAUGGGAUACAUUGUUCGUUUCAAAUUCAAUGCCUUCAAGUUUCUCAACAGACAUGCUUCCAUUUACUUGCAGUGCAAGAUAGUUGUAUGCAGAGCAUAUGAUUAUUAUUCUCGGUGCUGUCAGGGAUGUUUAGCGAGGCGCAAGAGGGAUACAAGUCCUUACCAGGAAAAAAUGGAUGUUGUUGUGGGUCCAGUCCAGCAUAAAAAAGAAACCAAUGAGCACAGAAAAUCUGGUAAUUUAUUUUAUGGCCUUUUCUCUUGCUGUAUCUGUUAA